AUGACUAGCAAGAAUUAUCUGCAGGUGCCCGCAGUGUCGCCACCACCGCCGCCGGUAUUUGACGGAGGAAGGUCUCAUCACGACAUCAUGACGACUCCGCAACAACAGACUACUCCCAUGCAUCCUCUCCUCUAUGAGAAGUACCAGCAGCAAGGCCCCGUCGCCCCCAACGAGCUUGUGAACGCCGGAUCGAGUCACGACGUGAUUGUCGUCACGUGCAAGGGAGGAUCACGCCUGAUUGUGUCCAAGAAGGAACUCACGGCACUCAAACUGUUUCUGCCUAAGUACGAAGACAUCGACAUGCAUCGCUUGGUCAACACAUUGCCGCUCCUUCUCCAAGAAAUGGAUGCGUCCUCCAAGGCGGUGCCCCCCACGUCGACUGCGGCAUCGUCCGCUGCGGCGACGGCUGCCACCCCUUCGAAAGCUGCUCAGUCGAUUCCCAUUCCCUCCCAAGUCAAAGUGAACAAACUCAUUCGCAACACGAGCAACUCGUCCCUGUUUGCCGACAUGGCCAAGGAAUACGAAGCGAAACUCGCCGAAGUCGACGCCCAACUCGCCACGGAGAAAAUGACCGUCGAACGACUGGACCUCGAAAACUUGACGCUCAAGGAAUCGCUUCUUCAAGCGGCGCAGCUGCAGCAUGACACGGAGACGCGGGCGACCGACCUAACGGCGCUCGUCGAGUCUCUCCAGCACGACUUGACCGACAUGAAGGCCAAGUCGAACGCGCUGGUGGUUACAUGCCAGUCCAAAGACGACGAAAUCGACGCGCAUGUGGCCACCAUCUCGACGCUCCACGACCGCCUCGCGGCGCUGCAGCAGGACGUGGCAUCGGCUUCCCAUGCCGGCGAAGACAAGGACGCGCGCCUCGCCGCGUUGUCGUCGUCGCUCCAGGCCACGGAAGAUGCCUUGGCGGCGUCCCAAGCGGACGUGGUGACCCAGAAGAACACGAUCGCCCGUCUCAACGACCAAGUGGCAUCGGCGCGCCAUCAGUCGGCGACGCUCCGCCAGUCGACGGCGUCCUUGGCGGGCGACUUGCAAGCGCUCAAGGCCCACGUGACAAUGGAAGCGGCGCAGACGGAAGCUCUCAUCCAGAGCAGCGUCAUGGAGAUGCAGGCCAUCGUCAAGGUCCGCGAACUGGCGCUGUUCAGCCAACUGGACCGCGAAAUCCUCGAACGCAAGCGCAUGACUGAAAAGUAUCACGAAGUGUCGGGCAAGAUCCGCGUGUUCUGCCGGGUCCGGCCACUCAAGGACGCGGCUGCCGACGGGGGCGCGUUCAUGUACCCCAAAAGUCAGACGCUGCUGGUGGCGUCCAAGCGACAGGAGUUUGCGUUCGACCAAGUGUAUGGCCCUGACAGCACGCAGGAGGACGUGUACGAGCACAUUGAUCCGUUGAUCGGGUCCGUCAUGGACGGGUACAACGCAUGUGUGAUGGCGUACGGCCAGACUGGCGCCGGCAAGACGUUUUCAAUGGUGGGCGAAGACGCGGCGCCAGGUAUCAUCCCCCGCGCGCUGCAUCAGCUGUUUGCCAUGUCGGGCGCGAGGGCGGCGCUGUUCCAGGACACGAUCUCGCUGAGCAUGCAGGAGAUCUACAACGACCAGCCGCGCGACUUGCUGUCCAAGGACAUUUUAACUCCCAAAGAUAGCGCCAUGGACACGCGCACGGUGGCGUCAUGGGCCGACGUGCAGGCGGUGCUGGCCGAAGGCUACGCUAACCGAUCUGUGGCCGCCACGAAGAUGAACUUUGAAAGCUCUCGGUCCCACGCGAUUGUGUUUGUGUACGUGACAUCGGCCAACAAGCAGACCCUCGAGCGCAAGAGCAGCACGCUGUGCCUCGUCGACUUGGCCGGGUCGGAGCGCAUCUCGCGCACCCAAGUGACAGGUGACCGCCUCAAGGAAGCGCAGCACAUCAACAAGUCGCUGAGUACGCUGGGGGAUGUCGUCCAUGCGCUCCAGCACAAGGCCAAGCACGUGCCGUACCGCAACUCGAAGCUCACGUUCACGCUGCGAGACAUGCUAUCUGGGGGGGCAAAGGCGCUGCUGGUGCUGCAGGUGAGUCCGGACUUGGCGGACGAAGGGGAGAGCGUGUGCUCGCUGCAGUUUGGCGCGCGCGUGAGUCAAGUGGAGCUAGGCGCCGUCAAGCAACGCAGCGUCGAGUCCGGCGAGCUGCUCGCCCUCAAGGACGAACUGGCCAAGGUGCGUGCAGACCACGACGCGGUGGUGGCCAAGCUGCAGCGCGAACUGGACGCGCUCAAGGAGGAUGGCAACCAGAACCAGGGGGGGUCUGCCCGGUCCGCGUCGGACGAUAACGACUCGCUCGACGACGAGUGGAAGAAACUCAACGACGAGUCCCCUGAAACAAACCACGUGACUCCCCCGACCGGUGGCGGUGACGUCAGGAAGAAGGUGCUGCUCUCCAAACGGACGGUCACGAUGCCCUCGUCGUCCGCGGGUGGUCGCCUGUCGUUGGGCCGAUCCGGACAGCCACCCACCGUGCCGCUGCCGAAACCCGUGCGCCAGACGUCCCUGGACCGCCGCAUGAGUUUGCCCGUGAAGGCGCAACCAAGCGACGUCCCCCGGCCGGCUGCUGCGUCUCCGAAACCCCUCACGCGGACGUCGGUGCGGGCGACUUCGCCGGCAGCGACAUCGACGUCUCGCGUGGCGAGGCAUUCGCUGGGGGUCGCAGAAGGCUCGGCGUUGCGUGAGAAGUCGGUGCGGCCCAAAGUGCCCAUCGCGGCGCGCUCGGCGGUGACGGCGGCCGCGGCUCCGCCCGCGGGGUCGACGAGUCCACCCUCAGGACGCAAGUGGGUGUGAAAAUUCACCUCGAGAAGACGAAUGUCGUAGGAUAUGGUCGAUUUAUUCUUUAAUUUUCAGUUAAACCAUGGAUAUCUUUGAACCAGGGCAUGGUCGAAGGAGGAUUGGUUGGUUUGGGAAGAGCAAGGCGUCGUGGG